GAACUCGGGUCCUGAUUGACAUUGCCUUGGGUCCCCCUGUGUCUGCCUCUGGUCCCCUUUAGCCCCAGUGUCCUCUGGCUCUGAGGAUGCUGCGGUGAGCUGCGGCUGGGCGGGGCCCCAUGAAGAGGAGGAAAAACUCCCCACAGACGCCCUGCUGCCUGGCGUCUUGCCAGGGCCAAGACGGGCUGAAAACUGGAAGUCCAGGCGGGUGGCCAGCUCCGCCUCUGAGAGCCAUGGCCCAGGGACACGGAGCCACGGUCAGCAUGGUCCUGCUGGGGCUGGGGUUGGCGCUGGCCAUCAUCGUGCCUAUCGUGGUCGUCUCUUGGCACCGUGUCCACUGUGGCCCCCAGGCCUUUGCCCAUGCUGCGGUUGCUGCGGACUCUAAGAUCUGCUCGGACAUUGGACGAGCCAUCCUCCAGCAGCACGGCUCACCCGUGGAUGCCACCAUCGCGGCUCUGGUCUGCACCGGGGUUGUCAACCCCCAGAGCAUGGGCCUGGGUGGAGGGGUCAUCUUCACUAUCUACAAUGCGUCCACAGGGAAGGUGGAGGUCAUCAACGCCAGGGAGACGGUACCCGCCAGCCACGUCCCAGGUCUGCUGGACCAGUGCAAGCAGGCCCAGCCUCUGGGCACAGGUGCCCAGUGGAUCGGGGUGCCUGGGGAGCUCCGUGGCUACGCUGAGGCCCACCACCGCCACGGCCACCUGCCCUGGGCGCAGCUCUUCAGGCCCACCAUCGCGCUGCUCCGGGGGGGCCUCCGCGUGCCCCGCAUCCUCAGCCGCUUCCUGCAUAGCAGCUACCUGCGCCCUUCCCUGCACGCAUCGUCCCUGAGGCAGCUCUUCUUCAAUGGGACAGAACCCCUGAGUCCUCAUGACCCACUCCCCUGGCCCGCGCUGGCCGCCACCCUGGAGACCGUGGCUGCGGAAGGCGCAGAGGCCCUCUACACAGGGAGGCUGGGCCAGAUGUUGCUGGAGGACGUUGCCAAGGAAGGGAGCCGGCUGACCCCGCAGGACCUGGCAUCAUUCCGGCCUGAGGUGGUGGACGCCCUGGAGGUGCCCCUGGGGGACUACACCCUGUACUCACCGCCACCGCCUGCAGGGGGCGCGAUUCUCAGCUUUGUCCUCAAUGUGCUCAAAGGGUUCAACUUUUCCGCGGAGUCAGUGGCCAGGCCCGAGGGGAGGGUGAACUUGUACCAUCACCUCGUGGAGACGCUCAAGUUUGCUAGGGGGCAGAAGUGGCGGCUGUGGGACCCUCGAAGCCACCCGGAGGUCCAGAACGCCUCCCAGGACCUGCUGGGGGAGGCUCUGGCCCAGCACAUCCACCAGCAGAUCGACACCCGGGGUGACCACCAGCUCAGCCACUACAGCCUGGCCGAGACCUGGAGCCACAGGAUGGGCACGGCCCACGUGUCCGUGCUGGGCGAGGAUGGCAGCGCUGUGUCUGCCACCAGCACCAUCAAUACGCCCUUUGGAGCCAUGGUGUACUCACCGCGCACGGGCAUCCUCCUCAACAACGAGCUCCUGGACCUGUGCUGGAGGCACCGGCGGGGCUCCGGAGUCACCCCCCCUCCCGUUCCAGGUGAGCGGCCCCCUUCAUCCAUGGUCCCCUCCAUCUUGGUCAACGCAGCCCAGGGGUCGAAGCUGGUGAUCGGCGGGGCUGGCGGGGAGCUCAUCAUCUCUGCUGUGGCCCAGGCCAUCAUGAACAAGCUGUGGCUGGGCCUUGACCUGCAAGCUGCCAUUGCAGCCCCCAUCCUGCACGUGGACAGCAAGGGCCGGGUAGAGUACGAGCCCAGCUUCAGCCAGGACCUCAACUCUGAGAAUUUGGACCUGACAGCCUGGAAUCCAGAGAACCCCGAGCCCACGGCCCUCAGCUCCCUGGAAGGAGGUGAAGAAGGGGCUCCAGUACCGGGGCCAGAGCCAGACCGAGAGGCCCGUUUUCCUGAACGUGGUCCAGGCCGUGUCCCAGGACGGGGCCUGCGUGUACGCCGCAGCGGACCCCAGGAAGGGUGGGGAGCCCUCAGGCUACUAAAGAGGCUGCUCCCUCCCCAGAGCUGGGAUCCCACCCAGCACACGUCCAGGCUAGCCUGGUCCGGCAGAAUCUGGACCCCUUGGCUGGACGGUCAGCCUGGGGCUUCAAGAGGUGGGGACAGCCCAGCAGAUGGACGGCUGUGGGGGCCGAGCCCUGCCCUCCCAGAGCCCCUGUGGCCCUGCCCUGACCCCUCCAACCUCCCCAGGCCUCUCACCCAGGACUGGGCCCCCGCUCCCCGAAACCCCAUUCCCCACCUGUGUAUCUUCCAGUCCAAGAUUAAAGAAAAGGCUGCACCACGCCUGAUUCAGGGUCGAGGUGGGGAGGGGACCUUCAGAAAGCACGUGCAGUGAGCUGCAGCCCUCCACACACACCACCACGGAGCCAGGGAAACCAGACACGGGCUGGGCCUUCUCCAGGCCACCCCUGGACACUUGCUGGGGCUCCGCACACGCCGUUGGGAGGAAGGCAGGGGUGUGGCCUGGGGGCACCUGUCCCUGGCUCCUGGGGGCCCUUGGCCCAGGCCCGUCCUGGAGCUUGUCCUCCGUGCCAGGAAGAGGCUGGAGGAAGCGAGACCUAAGCCCUCCCCAGCCCCCAACUCCAACAUGUUCUCACCCUCAGCA